AAAACUCACCUGCCUGUAGCCUCAGUAAUCCUGAAGACCCUGAUUAGUUUAUUCAUGUGUGUUUGCUUAGGGUUGGAGCUGAAACCUGCAGCACUGCGGCUCUUCUAGGACUGAACUUGCCUACGCCUGAACUAGAUCUUAUUUUCCCCAGUUUGUUUUCUGUAUUGUUGAUUAAAAAACUUGUUAAUGUAUUCAUGGAUAAAGAUUCCAAAGCACUCUCUCUGGAUCAGAGCUUCUGCCAAAUGCCAGAAAUGUAAAUGGGAAUGUAAAUGCAAUCUCCACCCCCACACCACAACAUGGAGUUACUACAUUUCCCACAAUCCCCCUUUUCCAAAAUACUCCUCCACCGAGAACUGUAGAAGUAAGAACUGAGUGUAGAGCGAUAGCGGAAUGGACUCGCGUUAACUUUGCCACGUUCGCUCUUGUUUUAUCUGAGAAAGGGAGUGUGUGUGUGAGUGAGUGUGUGUGAGUGUUUCUCUCCGCUAUGCCGGCUCGGAACCCGGAGUGCGGGACGCGCGGCGCGAGCGGCUCUUCGGUGCUGCGCUUUAGUCCCGCAGCGAGCUCGCGCUCCACGCACCGCCGCCGCCGCUCGGCCCUGCUGCCCUCCGUGCUCACGUUCGCCGUGAUCGUGGCGUCCGGAGGCCUGCUGCUGCUCAUCGAGAAGGGAAUGCUCAACGGCAUGCACACACCAGCACCUCUGGCCAACGGCAAGAAACCUGAGUACCGGCUCGCGCCGCGGGAUCCAGCUGUGGACGUGGAAUCGCAGAUUGUGCAGGAUAUCCGUAACCGCACUAUCCGUGCGAUGUGUGGCCAUCAGAACACAGCUCACAGCGUGUGGUCUCUCAGCUCACUACAGAGGAAAACCCUGCUGCAGCACAUCCUGGUGAAUGAGAAGUAUCGCUUCCUGUACUGCUACGUGCCCAAGGUGGCCUGCUCCAACUGGAAGAGAGUGCUGAAGGUGCUGAGCGGCGCACUGGCUGACGUGAAUGUCCAGAUGAAGAUGGACCACCACGCCGACCUGCUCUUCCUCUCCGACUUCUCGCCUGAGGAGAUCCGCCACCGCUUGCACCACUACUUCAAGUUCAUGUUUGUGCGCGAGCCGAUGGCACGGCUGCUCUCCGCUUACCGGAACAAGUUCGGGGAGAUCAAGGCCUACCAGCACAAAUACGGCGCAGAGAUCAUCCGGCGUUAUCGGAAAGGUUACGCAAAGAAUACUAAAGUAGCCGGGGACGACGUGACGUUUGCGGAGUUUGUGCGCUACCUGCUGGACGAGGAACCCGAGCGCAUGAAUGAGCACUGGAUGCCCAUAUAUAACCUGUGUCAGCCGUGUGCUGUUCAGUAUAACUUUAUAGGCUCGUAUGAGAGGCUAGAGAGUGACGCGGCGUACGUGUUGGAGCGCAUCGGUGCUCCUCAGCACGUGCAGUUUCCUGAACGUCAGGCAUGGUAUAAACCUGUUACGAAGGAGACGUUGCAUUAUUAUCUAUGUACAGUUCCUCAGAAGCUGCUUCGAGAACUUUUGCCAAAGUAUAUUCUAGACUUUUCUCUAUUUGGCUAUCCUCUGCCCAACAUCACCACUGAGUACUGUCGGCACUAGCAUAGACUUUUAUACAGAUGCAUAUCACAGCUGUUUCGUUUUAUUCCAUCUGUGAAGUUACAGUAUUUUGAUUUUUUUUUUUUCUAUUUCUUUAUAUAAAUUUUGUACAGAAUUGGGAAUAUAUAUAUAUUUCAUUCUGACCUCUGAAAGGUGUGUUUUGAAAGCUAUUUAAAGGUUAACCACUAUUUAGCACUGGAACAGAGGCAAAGUUUUUAAUAACUAAAAAAUCUAUUUUUAUGGACAUCAUUAUCAACAGUAAUUGCCACACUGUUGGGGCAAAUCAUUACAAGUUGUGCUGGGCACAGACUUUACAAUGCAUCAACAAGAGUUUUCAUUAUUAUUUCAUUAUUUUGCCUAUGUGCCUUUCCCCAUGCCCAGUAUUAUGAAUUCUGUUUGGAUAAGUAUCAAUGUAAAUACACGUUUUAUAUAGUGGACACAAUGCAUUAAGCCAUAUCUAGAUGAAUAAGGAUCCCCACUCUGAGACGGUCUUGAGUUAAAUCCCUUAAGAAUGCAGUCUCACAAUCAGAAAGGCUAUUUCCCAUUCGGUUUGUGAAACUGCAUUCUUAAGGGAUGCGAGCCAAAGGAAAUAUGCUGAAGUUGCUUUUCUUGAGAACUCUAAAAGAACCAGAAAAAGCCAAACCUUAUAGUGACAGAUGCUUAACAGAAUUGCUUAACAAAGCCAUAAUCAGGAGCAAACAUGACAGAUGUUUAGGGGGAAAAAACAAGCAUUAAUAAUUGACGAUGUUUGCUGGGACAACGUACAGUAUAAAUAAGCUGUUUCUUCCAUUCAUUAGUAAUUUUAGCAUUUUUCGUUCCAUAAAGG